ACACACCUUACACAGUAUUCCUGCCCAUUGGUUCACGAGGGUGCGUCAGGUCUCUAUAGACUCUGAACCUUGAAACGGAGGGUUGUUUCAGGCAAACUUUUACAAGAGACGCAAAUCUGGACAUCUGGACAAGUGCACUGACCUUAACAACGGCUAUAGCGGAAUUAUGAAAAGUUUGAAACAACGACUUAAGAAAACUGAGAGUACAGAAUGGGGAAAGUAUGAUGAGCGUCUGAUGAAAGCAGUGGAGAAUGGAGAUAUAGACCGACUCGCAGCCACCAUCAAGAAGGGAGCCAGCCCCACCAGACUAGACCCAGAGGGCCAUUCUGCGUUUCAUGUUGCUGCCAGUAAAGGGCUCAUAAAUAGUCUGAAUGUUAUCCUGGAUAAUGGUGUUAAUAUAAAAGCUUUGGAUGCUGCUGGUAAAACAGCUUUGCAUCUGGCGGCAGGAGGUGGUCAUUCGAUGUGUGUGCAAAGGUUACUUCAGUUUAAAUGUCCUGUUGACACCACAGACCUGCAGGGGCGUACAGCUUUACAUGAUGCAGCAUGUGCAGGCUGCAAAGCCAUCAUCAAAAUGCUGUGUGACAGUGGUGCAUCUGUUGAUGCUACUGACUCAGAUGGUAUGUCACCUUUAUUGCUUGCUGCCAAGAUGUGCCAACCAGGAUCUUGCCAGUUGUUAGUGCAGUAUGGGGCACGCACUGUUCUCCGGGACAAGCAAAACAAGACUGCACUAAUCCUGGCUUGUGAGAGUUCCUGUAAAGAAGCAAUAGAGAUACUUCUAAAGACAAAGGCAGAUGUUUCUGCAGUGGAUCUCUUUGGCCAUGAUGCUUACCAUUAUGCCAAACUCAGUCAAAAACAAGACUUGAUCACACUUGUAAAACAAGCCCUGGAAACAACCAUGAAAGCAAAAGAUACUGCUUCGCCGAAGUCCCAACAGGCUAAACCCCCAUCUUCAGGAAUUGGCUGGAGCAAAACAGGAUCAGUAAAAAUGGACAAAGUAUCGUCUGAGCCAGCUACAAGGGUACAUGGUAGCCAUGGUAGUUUCCAUGAGGGAAAAGAUGCCAAACAGAAUAAUAACUUGGAAUCCACACAGGUCAAGCAUGCACAGUCAGCUCCUGUCCCGGUAAGAUCUGCUCCCGUAUCAGUGGACUUAUUGCCUGGUGAGGUGGAGGCACUUAGAAGAGAACUAAGAGACACACGAAGACGACAGGAGGCAGCAGAGGCAGAGGUUCACAGGCUAGAUACAGCGCUGGCCCUGCAUAGCCAGGAGUACGAAGCACUUAGGAGGAACAGUGAACAAGCCCUGCAUGCGGCCCACGCUCGGGCGUGGGAGCUGGAGGAGGCCCUGGGUGAGGUACAGAGGAGGAUGGCUGGCUCAGAGAGUCGAGUGAGGCAGAUGCAAGCUCAUCUAGUGGCUGUCAGGGAGCAUUUGGUGGAGGAGCUGAGAGUCCAGCUUCAAGAGGCCAAAGGUCAGCGAGAGGCAGCAGUAGGAGAACUGGGCAGAAUGCAGAUAGAUCUCAACCAUAGCAGAAGGGAGGUGGAGCAACAGAAGGAGAACCAGAGCUCCUUGUUGCAGGAACUUAGCCGGCUUUCCCAGGAGAUGCUUAGCAGAGAGGAGCAGAUAAACAAGCUGAAAACCAGAUUAGCAACUUUGGAUAGACAGCAAGUUGAGAUGUUGUGUAAGGAGACCCAAACCUCAUCAGAGUGGCGCCUCACAGAUACAAAGAACACCAUGACUGAUCUCACCGCUGAGAUACGUGAACCAACUAUUGACCUGGAGAGCUACAUCAGCAAGGCUGAGCACACGGCUGUUGUAACCUCUCUGAACAACACACUGCAGCAGGCUGAAGCCACGGCUCUGCAGAAGUAUCAGUGUGCUCAGGAAGAAAACCAGAAUUUGCUGAAAGAGCUCCAAGAACAGAAGGCAGAGCUUGACACCAUCCAGGAGGCCCUGCGUGCCAGAUUUGUCCCUGUGGCCUCAUUGGAGGAAAAAGAGAAAGAGGUGGAGCAGCUCAAACUGACCAUUGAAGAGAUGGAAAAGAAACAAACCCAGGGGAGUGUGAACAUCUCACACACAGAAAAGGAGGAUGCUCAGAAAGGAGUAAACAGGCAGGCAUGCACUAUCCAAAUAGCAAGUGAAACAAAGCAAAAUCAAGUAUCUUCUUCUAAGGAAAGUGAAAAACCAGAGUGUAAAGACACUAAAAUUGCAGAGGAAAAAGUGCUGCCAAGUGAAACAGAGAGCAAAAGAGGAAGCACGUCAUCAGAUGCUAAGAAUUCUAAAGAGCUGGUGGAGCACAAAGGACAGCAGGAUAACACAACAUCAGCAAUUAGCUCCUGUGAACCCCUGCAGUCAAACAUCUUCCUCCAGGCUCAGGUCUACAGCCUACAAAAGCAGCUAGAGGAAUCUGAAAAGCAUUACAGGCGUGUGCUGUCAAAAUACCGGACACGUUUGCUCAGUGCAGCACAGGGUUACAUGGAUGAAGAUGCCAGAGUGGCACUGCUUCAGAUUGCCAAAAUGAGAGAAGAGUAUGUGUGUUGAGCAGUCAUGUGGAUAUAUGCAUAUAUAUGUUUAAGCCACACAGCUAAUUAUAUAUUUAGGUUUAUGUUAUGUUCAGUGAAAAGUUAAUCCCACCCCAAACUCACACCAUUAGCUGAGCCAGAAUCAAUUACAUCAGAAUCAGCUGUUGUGCUUAAGGGUUCAGUUGUAUUAACACACUAAAAUUCUUUCAUAAACAGAACCUGUUGAUUGGUCCUGAUGGGACCCUUUUGAUCUGGUUCCUGUGGUUCAUGUACAGCUCUCUAAUAAU